AUGAAGCCAAUGAUCAUGAACGUCAACGGCGAAAACAUACCAUUACCUAACCGAUUCACUUUUGACAUCCGCCCCAGGUGCUUCAAAAGCGACUACUCCAAUGAUUCAUCUAGCUCCUCUACUUUUGGAGAACUCAAACGCGUCAUAGAUCCCAGUAUCCUCAGCGGCAAAAUCUCCUCUGACUGGUCGACUAUCAACCGCGAGCUCCCGGACGAUAUCCAGGCCUUGCUAAACACCAUUCGGGGACUCCCCACAUCAGAUGCCUCUUCUAGCAAGCCCGAGAAUUGCCAACACGAUGCGUCCCUGUCAAGCAAUAGACCCCAAGAUUCCAAAGACAGUACGGGCGCGUCUGAACGCUCGGAAACAAAGCCUCAGGAUGACGAAGAGGAACGCUUUCGCAACAUGAUCAAUCGUCUCCAGAAGCGCCUUCCAACUCCAUCCUUGGUAAAGCCCAGGGUACCAAGCACCAAGAUACAACCUGCUGAUCCCGCCAUUUUGUCUGCCAAACUGAAGGAUGGUGCAGUGUUCGGAAAUGCCCAACUGAACCAAGUCACCGAGCCGCACCCUGAAAGGAAGGACAAAUUCAGCGACUCUGGAUACGCCAGCGGUAGCAACCCAUCGUGCAUCGUACAUUACUCAACGUCGGAUAGCUCUAGGGAUUUCCAAGACGAGCCCGCUGCGGCCACCAAAAGAAGUUUGGAGGCCCAAAGCGCAACCAAGAAAUUGAACCCUGCAGCAGCUGAGUUCAGAAUUUCGACUGACAGUGUACAUCUGCCAGUGCUCUCUCCCAAGAAGCUAUCUCGUGGCCCACUUACAUCGCUUCUUUUCAACCCAACUCCUGAUGUGGCUGUGGCCGGGGCUCUCCCUUCGUUGGAUAGGCUACAAACUGCUCAGACGAGGCAGGGCACAGGCACUGCAGUUGAUAUGUUGCAGAUUCAACAGUCAAGUCCAGUCAAGUCUGGUAUGAAGGCCAAACAACGAAAAGCACCUCAGGUUCCGCCCAUCCAGCAAGCUUGCCUUCCUCCUAUCCAACAUUUUUAUAAUCCCGCUCUGUCCGAUGUCAAUCCCAUGGCUCUUGCCCAUCCCAGCCUGAGCUUACAGCCACAGAAACCCAAUGCAGCUCUUCCAUUUCCCCCUACUCCAUGGAUUGGAGGACCAGGUUUGGGCAACUUUGGGACAUUUCCACCACCUACCGCCCCAUCGAUGGCAAUUCCGCAGUUCAACAUGCAAUCUCCGGAUAUGGCAGCAACUUUGGGGACUGGAACUUUUCUGCCUUCAAUGCGGCCGCCCAUUCCACCCUUUGCGUCGGCUCCUAUCAGCGGCUUAGGGUCGAUGUACCCUCAGGCCGCAGUGCCAGCACUGCCGCCAGUACAACCGUCGAUUCCACUGACAAGCGCAGGUCAACAAGCUCAGCCAGGACCUAAGGCUGACCGCCCUUAUUUUCCCGUAACAACGAAGCCUCGGGUCCCGGAUCCGAUCAAGCAACAACAGUACGAGGAGUAUUUGGAAUGGCGCAAGGCCAAUGAGCCCGGGUACCACAUCAAGUGCAAGAUCCGACAGGCGAAUCGCGUGGUGCGUCAGCAUCAAUACCAAGCCGAGGCUCCCAAGCUUGAGGAACCGGGCAUCUCGCUUGCAUGGAAAGCGAUUGCUGAAAAGGCAAAGGCUGUGGUGGGAGCGGCUGAAGCUCGCCGUGCGGCGGAGAAGAAGUCGAAGCAGAACUCGGUGGUUGAAGAGUUCAAAGCCAAGAUCAUUGAGAGAGUCAUGGGGAGCUCUGAGACGAAGGAUGAUAAGGAGGACUCUGAAAAGAAGAUGGAAGACGAACAGGCUGUUGAGAAAGUAACCGAAAAACCGACAGAGGACAAGGUAAUGGUUGAGGAGACAGCUGAGAAGACGACCGAUAAGACAGCUGAGAAGACGGAAGAGGUCAAGGAAGGUGUGAAAGCAUGA